GAGGAAUUCAGUGGUCAAUCAUGGCUACCAACUUGCCCCUUCUCAAGUUUCUGUUCUUUCUCUUCUUCUCAUCCUUGGGGACUUCUCAUGCCCAAUACAUCAAACCAGGCGAUACACUUAUUAGCUCCUUUACUAGGCGUUUGCUAGAUUCUCCAAAUGGGAGGUUCAAUUUGGAUGUCAUGUCGGUGGCUAAGUCUAACUACACCUAUUUAGGUGUAUUUCUAGUUUUAUCCAAUCGUACAGCUCAAUGUAUAUGGCAUUUAAGACAAGGCAUUCCUAGUGCUAAUGGCUCUGACGAGGUUAUUUUGGAAAACAAGGAUGGAGCCUUGAGAAUUAGGCGCCAAGGUGGGAUUCCUAUUACACUAUGCUCUUUCGCUACCAAUAAGACUAUCGCUACUUUAUUGGAUUCCGGAAAUUUUGUCUUCAAUGAAGUGUACUCCAAUGGAUCUACAAAGCGGGUGUUAUGGCAAAGUUUUGAUCAUCUGGACGACCAACUUAUUCCCGGAAUAAAAUUAGGCGUCAACCAUAAAACUGGUCAAAACUGGUCACUUACAUCAUGGUUAACUUCGGACACCCCAAUUCCAGGGGCUUUCACUCUUGAAUGGGACCCCAAGGGACAUGAAUUGGUGAUUAAACAUCGAGGGGUGGUUCAUUGGAAAAGUGGAGUCUUGAGAGACAACCAAUUUGAGAAUAUUUCACCACAUCUAACAUCUAUGUAUGAUUUCAACGUUGUCUCAAAUGGGGAUGAAGAAUCCUUCUCUCUCAAGUAUAAAAAUCAAAGUUUACCACAAACGUGGUGGAUUCUUAGUCCUACGGGGCAAUUAGUGGAAGAUUCCAUAAAUGGCAAAGUAUUGAUAGCCGGAGAACAUAAUUGUUACGGAUAUAACACUGAUGGAGGAUGCCAACGGUGGAAUCAGCCAGAGUGUAGGCAUAAUGAUGGCACAGUUGAUUUUAAAAGUGGUGUUUUCACUGAUAUAGAAGACCACUUUUAUACCACUCCAAACACAAAUCUUUCCACCAGUGAUUGUAAAGUUAGUUGCUGGAACAACUGUAGCUGUGUGGCUUUUUAUUCUCUAUAUGAAAAUGCAACAGGGUGCAAAUUUUGGACAAAUAUGACGAACUUCAUUCUUGACGAUUCAUCAAGAUCAGAACGUCUCUAUAUCAUAACGCCAGAGACUUCAAAUUCAGCGAAUCCCAAUAAUAUAACGCCGAAGGCUUCUCAAAGUGGAAAAAGCAAGUGGAUAUGGAUUGGUAUUGUAAUUGCCAUUGCUUUUGUAACUUUUUCCUGUAUAAUGUGCUACUGCUGUCUACUAAGAAAGAGAAAAGUUGUGCUUCAAGGACAUAACAAAACCACGGAAGAAAUAGAAUUGCGUAAUUUAAUGAUUUCAAAUAGAUUUGAUGAUGUGAAUGAGUUUCCAAAUGAUGGAAAGAAUGGAUCUGAUAUAACUAUAUUUAGUUACGAAUGUAUCAAGGUUGCCACUAACAACUUCUCAUUAGAAAACAAGCUUGGAGAGGGAGGUUUUGGACCUGUCUACAUGGGAACAUUGCUAACAAGUCAACAAAUAGCCAUAAAGCGACUAUCAAGAAAUUCAGGGCAAGGCAUAAUUGAAUUCAAGAAUGAGUUGAUACUCAUAUCUAAACUCCAACACAUGAAUCUUGUUAAGCUUUUGGGUUGUUGCAUUUUUGGAGAAGAAAGGAUGCUAGUCUAUGAAUACAUGCCCAACAAAAGCUUGGACUACUUCCUAUUUGAUUCAAAUCAAAGCAAGCUACUAGAUUGGAAGAAACGUUUCAACAUAGUUGAAGGAAUUGCUCAAGGUUUGAUCUAUCUCCAUAAAUAUUCAAGGUUGAAAGUAAUUCAUAGAGAUCUAAAAGCCAGUAACAUACUCCUUGAUCAAAGUAUGAAUCCGAAGAUUUCUGAUUUUGGCAUGGCAAGAAUUUUCAAGCAAAAUGAAAUGGAAGCAAAUACUAAUAGAAUUGUUGGGACAUACGGUUACAUGUCCCCUGAAUAUGCUAUGGAGGGUGUGUUCUCUAUGAAAUCAGAUGUUUAUAGCUUUGGAGUUUUAAUGCUUGAAAUCGUGAGCGGUAGAAAAAACAACAGCUUCUAUGAUGAUAAGCAUGCACUCAAUCUAGUAGGAUAUGCAUGGGAUUUAUGGCAAGAAGGUAAAGGGCUAGAGUUAGUUGAUCCGACAAUAAGGGAGUCAUGCGUCGAAUAUCAAGUACUGAGAUGCAUUCACGUUGGUCUCUUAUGUGUGGAAGAUGGUGCAAUUGAUCGCCCUACCAUGUUAGAUAUGUUGUCUAUGUUGACAAAUGAAAGUACACAAUUACCAUUACCUAAAAAACCAGUUUUUUCUAUUGGAAGGAAAUCAAUUGUGGCAAAUAUUCCUAACAAAGAACCUGAAGUUUAUACGGUGAACGACUUGUCCAUUACUGAUAUGGAUCCCCGAUAGGAGAUUGAGCGUUGAAGCUCUGAAAGAAGAUUUGACGCAACCAGAAAUUUGUGGAUUCGCAAAGACUUGAUCACUAGCUAUUAAGUAAUGCUUGGAAGUUUAUUUGUAGUUUGGAGAUUGUUUUCAUUAGAGCUUUGUUUUUUUCUUGUAAUAUUAUUUACUAGUCGGAGUUUUUGAGAGUGGAACUCGUAUA